CGACUCUCUGAAGUGAUCGUUGGCUCCGUUUUGCCGUUUUGCCGCUCGGCAUACCAGUACGGCUGUACUUGCAGUCAGUCCGAAGGUGAUGGCUGGUUGUGCUCUGUUAAUUCAUCGAUCCCACAAAAAGUUAGAUUGGCAAAAGAAUAAUCAUGUUGGUCAAUGCAAGCAACAAAGAGGAGCUCGAUGGUGGGCUCAGUCCAUCCUCCAGGUCGAAGUUCGACUACAAUGGUAGAAAGUCAAGACGGUCGAGCGAUGGGGUGGACGACAAGUACGGGAGAAUCUCGAGCAAAUUGUUUGCAGGAGUGAAGCAGCUCGCCGCCAUGCCGAGAAAUAGUAGUACUGGUGAGCUCAAAAUCUGCAGCACGAUAUCACCGCGCCAAGAGCAUCAUGACGUUGCUUUGAUGGGAGGCAAGAUGCAAACCAAAACUUCCGAUUUAGAGCUUUCGGAUUGCAUACAAAACCUGGUCAAGGCAGCCAUGCAGAAUCUUGAAGAGGUUCAGAAGGCACAAGCUGAAGGCCAAAAGAGCGGAGAUCAGGAGAGCAGAGGUCAGGAGACACAAUCUCAGUCUCCAAGCCGGAAAACUUCCAAGCCAAGCGAGAGGAAGAGAGAAGAGAGGAACAAGAAAGGAAACGAUGGCGGGGCCAAGAGCAAGUCAAUCAGGCGAAGCAAGAGUCACGGCCUGCAUGACGAAGAAGCUCGUAAGAAAGGCAUCAGGCGAAGUAAGAGCCAUGACCUGCCGGACGAAGAAGCUCGUAAUAAGAACAUCAUCAGGCAAAGUAAGAGCCGUGACCAGCUGGAAGAAGAAGCUAGUAAGAAAAACAUGAGGCGAAGCAAGAGCCAUGGCCUGCUGGAGGAACCUCGCAAGAAAGACAUGCGACGUUCCAAAUCAGAGGACACAAAUCUGAACAAGCCUGGCUCAAGCAAAAAGCCCGAAGGAGGUACUCCUUCUCCUUCGUCAGCCAAGAGAUUCCUUCGCCGAGUCAAUCGAGGCUCGAUUCAGAACACCCAGAGCACGCUCGAGGGGGACUCCAGUGCCACCAACACUCCCACCGGAUGUAGCAAGCGUCCUACCAGGAGGGCGAGACCAUCACCGGCAGGAACUCACACGUCUCGUAUCACCCGAAGGCGUUCCGUCACAGCACUUUCUAGUCUUGUUGAUGGCGGCGCACCAAACAGCAAUGAGUCGGCAGGAACUCCGACGAGGCGCUGCUCAACCCGAAGACGUUCGGGCAGGGCACUUGGUGGUCUUGAUGGCGGCACACCAAACAGCAAUGGGGCCCCCAGACGACAACGCCGGACAGGCCAUAGCGUGCUCAACAGUCAGAUUCGUCAGUCGCUGGGGGGCACAGUGGUAGCAACAGUCCCCAACGUGCACGACAAGGACUUGGAUGACGAAGAAGAAGACGACGACAAGAUAGCUGCACCGGUGAGCGAGCAAGACCAAGACCUGGAGGACGAGGAAGAUGAGGAAGAUUGUGUUGUAGAGUCCGAAAUUGUCUCAUCUGGCAUGAACGAAGGCCUAUUCAAGCCUUACGCGGGCACUCCUACUACCAGCACGAAAGCAUCUGAAUCGAGCACGAAACUAGAUCUGUCCUCGCUGGAUUCGCUUCAACAGCGUUCUACCCAUGGCAUGCGCCCUACUUCUUAUCAUGGCCGUUUGUCGUCCAAGUUUCAAGAGCAACCCAAAUCAAUCUUGUCGCACUCCUCAUCUUUUCAGGGGCGCAAUGCGUCAGUGACAUGGGCGGACCAAGAGGCGCUCACGGCAAGUUCUUUCCACGGAAAAGCGAACGCGACAUGGAAGGAUACUACUAGACGGACAUCUUCAACAAUCGGGAGCCGCCCGUUUAGUGGGAUUGUCACUACAGCGGAUGAACGGACAGUGCUCCGCAAGAAUGGAGUCGUAUUGCCAAUGGUGCCGGGCGCAUCAAGAAGCAAUAGUCUGACGACAAAGACCGGGGUAGCUUCGAACGAGAGCCUGCUGUUUGUGCCCAAGGGCACGUUCGGGGAUCUGAGCGAUGGUAACGAUUCGGAUCUGGAUGAGUACGAUGAAUUUGCCUAGUUGCCGAACUGCGAAGUUGCAGGCCACGAAAGAGACUAGCUAGCUAGAUUGUAGAAUGAUAUUAAAACUUGUAAAACUCAUAGUGGACAUC